AUGGACGGCAAUGGUUCAGGUCAAGAAGCCGGCAACGAGGACUGUCCUCUCCCGAACGGCACCUCCAGACCUCGCGGCAGGUUGUCCUUUUUGGCCUGGCGCUCAUCCUCCGUCUCCUCCGACCAAGAAGAGCGAAGUGGAUCGGAUCUGAGCAGGCGACUCCAAGCCCUGGUUCGUAAUUACAACGAGCAGACUGGCUCUACUGACGAUCUGAACUCCGUGCCCCUGCAGGAAACGGCCAAAACUUCACGUCUCUUUGGUAAAGAAGCGGAUACAGCAGGGCCAGGUGGAUCCAUAAAUCCAGGCAUGGAGGACUACAACUCCAGCGAACAGUCUACGUACUUCCAGAGGCAGCUGAGCUCCAUGCUCCAGCCUCAGGUGAACAAGCAUUCCUUACGCAUGUACGGCAGCACCAAAGGAGUCACAGUCGAGCAGGAGAGGGUCAGGUCUUUUGGGGUUUGGAUCAUCCAUCCAUACAGUGACUUUAGGUUCUACUGGGACCUGAUAAUGCUCUUUUUAAUGAUGAGCAACCUGGUCAUCCUACCAUGGUGCAUCACCUUCUUUGAGGAUCAGAACACGCUCCCGUGGAUCAUCUUCAACAUGGCUUCGGACACCCUGUUCCUGACCGACCUCGUCUUAAACUUCCGCACAGGCAUAACGGAGGAUGACAACUCCCAUAUCAUUCUGGACCCGAAGGUGAUUCGAAGCAGAUACCUGAGGAGCUGGUUCCUUGUGGAUUUUAUCUCCUCUAUCCCAGUGGAUUAUUUUUUCCUGGUGGUGGACCUGGAGGCUCGGCUGGAGUCGGCGGAGGUGUAUCGCACGGCUAGGGCGCUGAGGAUCGUCCGCUUCACCAAGAUCCUCAGCCUGCUGAGAUUACUUCGACUGUCUAGACUUAUUCGCUAUAUACACCAAUGGGAAGAGAUCUUCCACAUGACGUAUGACCUGGCCAGCGCAGUGGUUCGAAUAGUGAAUCUUAUUGGCAUGAUGCUUCUGCUGUGUCACUGGGAUGGAUGUCUUCAGUUCAUGGUUCCCAUGCUUCAGGACUUCCCCCCAGACUGCUGGGUCUCCAAAAAUAAUCUGGUGAACGCCACCUGGGAGGAGCAAUAUUCAUACGCGCUGUUCAUGUCCAUGAGUCAUAUGCUGUGUAUUGGUUACGGCGCCCAGGCUCCUGAGAGGAUGACAGAUGUCUGGCUCACCAUGAUGAGCAUGAUUGUAGGUGCCACCUGUUACGCCAUGUUCCUGGGGCACGCGACCAACCUGGUGCAGUCACUAGACGCCUCCCAUCGGCUCUACCAAGAGAAGUAUAAGCAGGUGGAGCAGUACAUGUCCUUCCAUAAGUUUCCUGCUGACCUGAGACAGAGAAUUCAUGAGUAUUACGAGCACCGUUUCAAGGGAAAGAUAUUCGAUGAGGAUAGCAUUUUGGGGGAACUCAGUGACCCACUCAAAGAGGAAAUUGUGAGCUACAACUGUCGAGAACUAGUAGCAAACAUGCCGCUGUUCAGCAAUGCUGAUCCUCACUUCGUCACCGUGCUCCUGACUAAGCUUCGGUUCGAGGUGUUCUUGCCGGGUGAUGUCAUCAUCCAUGAGGGAACGCUGGGCCGUAAAAUGUAUUUCAUCCAGCACGGCUGUGUCACCGUCUACACCCGUGACAAGAAGGAAAAGAAACUCAGUGACGGAUGUUACUUUGGGGAGAUUUGCUUGCUGACUCAUGGGCGACGUACUGCCAGCGUGCACGCCGACAGCUACUGCAGACUCUACUCACUCAGCGUGGACAGCUUUAACGAAGUGCUUGAAGAGUACCCCAUCAUGAGGAGGGCUUUUGAGAGAGCUGCCAUGGACCAUCUAAACCAAGUAGAGAACAACAUUGCAUCCAACCUAUGAGUAGGUAGAAUCCUGCAGAUGGUGGCUCUGUGGGUAGCACUGAAGGUC